AGUAAGAAAACCUGCGGUGCUGUCGGUGAUAAUACUCACUGAAACAGACGCACAGCGAAUGAGGCAACAGCAGGGAAACUAAAAGGGAGAAAUAACGUUCUACUUUAUUAUGUACACUUCCAAAUAACACCGAGCUUUAUUUGUGUUAAGUAGACAUUGGUGUGUUGAGUUAGAGUAACACGUUGAAUUAGAGAGAUUUGAGGAGUGGCAAGGAGGAGAAAGUAGCCUAUCUGGUUUCACCGCAAGACACCAGGAGCAUCACCUUCCCUCGCCCCCCUCUUGUCCUUUCUGUGUGGUCAUGAUGUGGUCCCACUUCGCCACAAGUGCCCUUAUCCUACUGGUUGUCCUGUUGAGACUCACCCUAACCCUCCCGCUCACCGCCUCCGUGGCGACCGAGACACACAGCCCCGGCGACAGCCAUGCUGCUUCCCCUCUUGGACUUAGGCCAACCGAGGGAGAGAAUGAAGGGAGGAAGGGCGGACUUCCACAGAGAGAGAGAGCAGAAGAGGAGGAUGAGCUUUUUGGAGGCAUGGACCCCAAAACAUUAGCAGCCGUUCUGCUGGAGGUGAUGGAUAAGCCACACGGGGAAAGGAGGAACGGUGUGGAGGAUGGGCGCAAGGAAAAGGAGAGAGGAAAAGAGGAGAAUGGGAGAGAGAGGCAGGAGGAGGAGAAGGGAGAGGAGGUGAGAGCCGCAUCGGAUGAGGAGGGAGCAGACCGAGACAGGGACGGUCGCGAGGAGCUUGAGCUGGUGAUGGCGGCCGCUGCGGCGCAGGGCAAGGAGGAGCGAGAGAGGAAUGAGGAGGAGGAGAGGAAAAGAGCACAGGAGGAGGAGGAAAGACUAACAGAGAAAGUGACUAGCCACACCACCAGCCAGACGAUUCCUGGAAAGGAGAUACGACCUCCGGCAGAAGGAGAAAGAGGGGAGGAGGUGGGAGUGAAGGAUGUGGGGGCCAGAGAAGAUGCGCAGCAGGGACCACCCACCUCACAGGAGACCCAGCAAGAGGAGGAAGAGGAGCAACUAAGUCCAGAUGAAGUGCAGAACCUCCAGAGCAUGUUGGAGGAACUGCAGAACUACAACACAGCUAACAAAAGAGAGAGGGAGGCCCAGGAGCAGAGAGGGAGAGAGAGCAGGGCCUACAGCCAAGACGACACAGACCAAGCGCUGAUCCACAACCAGAUAAAACUCAAAGCUAAAGGAUACCCCCGAGCCAUGCCGAAGAAGCUCAAAUGGCAAGAGGAGAUGCAGAAAGCCCUGAACAUGCCCACUUAUAGAGGAGGCAACUUCAUGGACGACUUUGACAAUCUGGCUCGACCGGCGGCUGAGGAGGAUGGUGAGGAAAUGCUGAGCCCCGAGGAGGAAGAGAGGAGGGCAAAGGAGGAGCAGGAGGAGGUCAGGAGGCAGGCGAUGGAAGCUCAGAGGGCCAAAGCCGAGGAGGAGAAGUUGGCGGACAUAGCCUCGGACAUGCUCCUGCAGUACAUGGUCAAACAGGACAAAGGAAAGUACCAGAACAAGAAGACCCUGCUGUCCAACGCAGCGGAGGACAAGCGCUCUGACGAGGAGGUCGUCAGCGAGGACGAUGAUAUUGAUCCUCAGACCAUUGAUAAGCUCAUCGAGAUCUCCAGUAAGCUCCACCUCCCCGCGGACGACGUCGUUGACAUCAUCAGCGACGUUGAGAAGAAGAAGAAGAAAGACGCUCCUGAGACAUUGCCCUGGCAACGACCCCAGCAAAGACCCCUGGUUUACCCAGCAGCCAAAGCCAUCGAUGCCCAGCCUUCACACCCCCGAUACCCCACCCUGAAGCAGCCUCUCCCGGCCAUCAAUCCCCUCAAGGCCUGGUUCAAGGACAAAUAUUCCAUCAAACCCUCAAAACAAGACCUCUGGAUCAAACCUCAACAGUCCUUUCGGACUUCCUCCAACUAUCCUACGUAUCCUUUCUACCAACAGAAGCCCUAUCGAGGCUACUACCCAAUUUACUUCCCCCCUCCUAAGCCCAAGCCUCUGUUCUAUGCCAAGCCUUCCUACAUGCUCAACGACCUCCUGUCGAAUUCUCUGGACUACGCCUCUGAUUUCCCCCCCAAGAGGAGGUACCGUCCCUGGGUACAGCCCCGCCCGAGGAAGCCCCCCGCUGCACUUCGGCGGAACCUCUACUACCCAAAUUACUCCAACUAUCCCAACUACCUCCUCCCCCCACACCCCAGGACAUACAACCCCCUACCCGUCCCUGUCCCCAUGCCUAAACCUCGCUCGUCCCCACCCAGGGGUCAGGUUCAGCCUCGCCAUCGGCAUGGUUACUAUUACCAAGCGCCCUCAGCACCUUUGGUGACCCGGGACCAAGAUUACUAUGGGAUGCAGGGGAUAGGGAUGGGGCCGCAGCAGCAAGAUAGCAAUGAAGACCUGGAGAACUACAUUCAACAGGUCUUUAUGAAACCCAGGCCUAGGAUGUUUCAGUGAAAAGAGAGGAAAGAGAGAGAGGGGGCGGGAAGGAGGGAGGGGAAAAGGGGAGGAAGAGAGAACAAUGGAUUUUUUUUUUUUACACCACUUACUUUUGAUUUCAGGUUUUGCCUUGGUUUUGUCUCUUUAAUGUACUGUUAGAUUUUUGUCAAAGAGCAACACAAAUUACAUGUAGCUUUUUUUUGUAUAGAGUAAAAAUGAACUUGCAGAUAGAAAAGUGAGGGAGUCAGGAUGACACACAUCCAUUCAUUCCUCUUGCUCUUUUCUUUGGAAGAUGAAACUGAAGCUGUUGUCCAAAAUGACUGAAAGAGGGGCACUAAACCAAUCACAUAAAGAACUAUAGAACAUACAGAACCAUAGAACACUGACUCUAUAGACUCAUCUCAACAUCCUGGGAUUCUGGAAAAUAUGAGGGAGCGUCGGCAUCGUUCAGAAGACCAACAUUGAGGGGAAAUUGCAAAUGGCACCCUAUUCCCUAUGUUGCGCAAUACUUUUGACCAGGGUCCAUGGGGCUCUGGUCAAAAGUAGUGCACUAUAUAUAUGGGAUAGGGUGCCAUAUGGGACUCAGGCUGACUAUCAUGUUGCCUGUAAAUCCAAAACUCAUACAAGAGACUUACAGUUGUUAACAAAUACACACAUGUCAAUGUUUGGAGCCAAAAUGCACAUUCAAGUGUGUUUAUAUUCCAAAAGACUAGCCAUCGCUAUUGGAGAAGAGGCCUCAAUGGAUAUAAAGCCUUACCAAUGUGUAUCUGUUAUGUUUUAUUGUUAUCGGUGGUUCCAUUGUCACCAUUUCAGUUAUACGUCAUUGAUUGUUUUCAGGAAAUGAAGCUAGCAAAAAAAUAUAUAGAAUUGGUCCUUUUCAAGAACUCACAGAUAACAAACAGUUAUCGUCAAGGACAGAGAAAGUCAUUGUUAUUGUUACUGAUACGCUUGAUGAUACGGUGCCAUACUGUACGCAAAUGCAGUCACUAUUUAUUAAUCAAAUACAUUGUUUGUUUUUUGAUUAUUUGUUACUUGUCUGUUUUUAAUCACUUCUGUUUUGUUGUUCCAACAACAAAAAAACUGUUACAUUUUUAUGUCAAUUGCCCCGUCUGCACACUUUUUGAUUAACUUAUGAAUAUAUGAUUUUAUUUAUUUCAAUGUACUUGUAAUGUACUUGUUUUUUUUCUACAAAGCAGUGCUAAGAUUUACACAUUCAUACAUUCCAGAUAUUUGUAAGACAAAGUGAUUUUAAAGGAAAGAAACUAAAAAUACUGAAAUACAGUUUUAUAUUGCCUUAUUAUGAUUCCUCCCUCAUUUUGCUAAAACUGUUGACUUUGCAAAGGGGGUAGAAUUGAGUUAAGCCCUUGUAGAGUAAUGGGGUUGUGAUCACAAUUCCAUUCAAUCUCAAAUUCGAUUCACAAAUUGAAAAAUGUUCUGGGAACUUUUCAAUGAAACGGACCUGAUUUGAAAUGGAAUCGCCCCUCACAUACUCCCGUUGAAUGAGUGAAAUGAAAUGAGAAAAGGGAAAAGAAACUGAAAACAGUCCAGGAUUUUCACUCUGUGCUACUGUAGAGAAACCAAUAUGUCUCUGUGUUUAUGCCUUUAGAUGCUGGAAAGGACUGUGAUUCAGUAUCUCACCACAAACAAAAAAAUCUUUGUGUUAUUGGAAAUCAAUAUCUAAUCAUAUCCAAAUCCUUACUCGUUCAAUAUUUCCUUGUAAACGAAACCCCAACAAAUGUUUUUUUUUUUUUACCCCGUUUUCUCCCCAAUUUCGUGGUAUCCAAUUGUUUUAGUAGCUACUAUCUUGUCUCAUCGCUACAACUCCCGUACGGGCUCGGGAGAG